ACUGUCCUGUUUUCUUUCCCAGAAAUGAACUCGACUGUCAGGAUUGUGGAUAGUUAUGAAGAAGCUCUUGCCAAAAACAUUGUAAUUGUUUGUCUUGGUUUUAUCAUUAAUUUAAUCAACGGAAUGUUAGUAGUGACUUUUUUUUCUAAUACAAUGCUUUCAAGAGACUCCAGAUACAUUUUAUACAUUCACCUGGUAAUCAAUGACAUGCUCAUGAUAUGUGUAACAGUGAUUUUAUAUGUGUUGUCCUAUGCUUUACCACUUGUUAAUGUUUCGUGGUGUUGCAUAUUGGUGGUUCUUAGUUCAACCACCUUUAUGAUCACUCCUUUGAAUCUGGCUGGUAUGGCCAUAGAACGGUUCAUUGCGAUCUGUAAACCACUGCAUCACUCUCAGAUUUGCACUCCACAAAGGACCUACAUUUUUAUAUGUUUGCUAUGGGUUUUAGGAGCUAUACACUGUCUAGCAGAUAUCAUUAUUUUACUUUUAACACAGCCCAUAUCUUUCUUCAGAUCAUUUGUACCUUGCUACCUAAUAUAUGUGUUCCCUUCUAAAGCCCACCAGGAACAUGCCACUGCUUCACAAGUCAUCUAUAUGUCUUUGGUGUGGAUAGUUCUCAUUUAUACUUAUUGCAGAGUCCUGUUCACUGCCAGAAAGGUAGUUUCAAAGGGUUCAGCUAAUAAGGCUCGGCGUACUAUACUGUUGCAUGGUGUCCAGUUACUUCUUUGUAUGCUUUCCUAUAUCGCCCCAUUUACGUACAUAAUUAUUACUCCCGUUUUUCCUCAACACAGAGCUAAUAUCGGUUUCUGUAUUUAUCUGCUCACAAUUAUUAUGCCUAGAUUACUGAGUCCUUUGAUAUAUGGGGUCAGAGACCAGAAGUUUAUGAAACAAAUGAAGGAAUACUUUACAUGUAAAGUUAUUAAUGUAAAGAUUGUGCCAUCAAAAUUAUGAUAUUUAUUUAGCUACAAUUUAUUUAAAAACAAAAUGUAUAUUUAUUUGCAUUUCUGUUUAAUUAUGACAUUUGUUUUAUUUGAGAUUUGAGAAUCUUUACAGUGGACUAAAAAUGUUUAGACACUUAAAUGUGAAAAUGUAUGAAAGUGAUUGAAUAGGAUAUCAAAAAUCUCAAACAUGUGGCAUACAAACAAAUGAUGAAUUGACUUUGCUCAGAACUAACGACUUUGCUCAAUGUCUUUUAGUCUAGUGGAUAUAUGAAAUCAGUUCUCCUGAAGUUCACAGAGUAGUUAAUCACUUUAACUAGGGAAAAUAUCCAUUAAGAAAUCACAACUUUUGUCUUUAUUUUGAACAGUAUCUAUUAUUUUAUCUAAACUAGUUUUAAAAUGAAUUUUUAAUACAAAAUUUUCUUUUUAUUUAUUAUUUAUUUAUUUUUUGGUUCUCUGUUGUUUUUGCAUGUGUUCAUAAUUUAUUUGUAUGACAGCCUGGCCUGACAUGUUUCACUGUGUUAUCACUAAUAAAACAGCUGACUCCAAGCAAAACUGCACAAUAUGCUUGCAAAAUCUUUAACAAAAGUUUUAAUAAUAUUUGAAUAAAGGUCUCACGAGUGGAUAUAUAAGCAAGUGCAUGAAGACAAAGAGUCCAAGCAAAAUAGUCUUUAAUUUAAAAGUCCAAUGAAUACAUAUGGAGAUUCACAGGAAAACACAUCCCCACAACUUAGACGACACCGAACAAUGAAUUCAGGAAACAAAGAUCUUAAAUAAGGAGGACUAACAAGAUAUUUAACAGAACAGGUAAACGAAAUCCUAACCCUAACCCCAAUCAAACACACUGGGAAACUAGGUCAAAUGACAGAACACACAGGCGAACAGCAACAAAACCAAAUCACAAUGAAACAUAGCCAAAUGUUCCCAGAAAGCGAGUCCUUGUGCCUUAAAGAGUCUGAGUAGGGAGGGAAGAAGCUCUGGUGGACGACGUGAAGCUGGAGAUAGGUAUAGACUAAUAAAAACAGUCAAUAUAGUCCAUGGGGGAGUGGAGGGUUGGAGGAGCCAGGGUGAGUCAGGAGCAGGAGUAGCCAGGCAGGGAACCAGGCCAUAGCCAGCACAAUAAUCUAAGGUGGAGUCACAGAAGGGGGGAGCCAUGGAGGCCUGGGAGGUGGGUCCAGGGAUGCAAUCUCCUGCGAUGGAGCUGGUCGUGGUCGAGACCCAGAAGGAGCCGAGGAGACACAAAGCCAGGGUGACACCACAGGCCUGGAGAGCCGAGGUGGAGCUGAUGGCUCUUGGGACCAAGGCAGAGGUGGGGACCCGGAACACUGUGGUGGAGCCAGAGUGACUGAGGACAACGGUGGAACUGGAGGGAAGGCGGAGCCUAUUGAAGCCGAAGGGAUGGAGGGCAGAGGUGCAUCCAGAAGCCAGGAAUCCUGUGGUGAAAACAGGGUGAUGCCUGACCAAGGCGGAGCCGGAGGGACGAGGGAGCCCGGUGGAGCAGUAGGUCAGUGGGAUGAGGGGCAACAGUGGAAACGAGGGAGCAUGGAGCCAAGGCAGAACUGACAGGUCGGAGGGCCAAGGUGUAGUCCGGGGCUCGGUGGUUGAAGACCAAGACGGGAUCCUUACACUUGUGGAGGAGGUGGGAGAGGGAGCCUGGGAGGGAUCACAGGGAGCGCAAGCGACAUGGGGCUGGGCAGAACCAGCGGAAAAACAGUAGAAUCAGGGCUGAGUGGAAUCAGUGGGGAAGGGAGAUUCAGGGGUAUAUCCUCCUUGAAAUCAACCUGAUAAUUAGCAGAGACCUGUGCCCGGUUGCAUGAAACUCCUUAAGUGAGGGUUUCCCUGAGGGAGAAAAAAUCCCUGAGGUAAGGGAUUUCACUAAGAGCGUUGCAACAAACUUCUUAACUUUCACCCUUACCUAAGUGUUUACACUAAGCGUUUCACGGUAUUUUCUGACAACAUACGGCAAUGAUCGCAGCGGUUGCUAUAGUUACUACCUCUAACAGUAAACAGAACAUAACGAACCACAAAGCCAAAUCCUCGCUAAAACCACAUUUGUAUUAAUAUAUUUGUGCUAUGGAGUUAUCCGCCGGGUUUGGUGCUCAAUGUCAUGUUCUAGUGUCGCGGUGAGACGAAGGAUUGACUGGCGGUCAAACCGAUAUUCUCUUAAUAACUGUAUAUCAUUCAUCGUCUCCAAAGGAUUAUUGCGAUCAUUAAAAACACGCCUUGGUAUUUCCACCUCUUCAAUUAACACUAAAUCAGCCAUCGUAUUUUGAGUGUCAGUUGAUUUAAGGGAGCUGUUUUGGUCCCUUAAAUUUAUUAAGGUGAAAUGGUCGCUAAGGACUUUGUAGCAACGCUUAAGGAAACACUUAGAUAAUUAAGGG